GCUAUUGACCAGGAGUUUACAGACAGGUUCAACGAAGCUAAUGCACACUACAAAGCGGGUGAGUUGCUCGAGUGCAUGAACCUCUGCGACAAGCUUCUCGAUGAACCACAUAUCCCACGCUAUCACAAGAUGAAGACUUUGGUACUACUAGGGGCUGUCGUUGAAGACUGGUUCGAAGCCCACGACUGUUUUGUGGCUGCAGAGUCAUUGUGGACAAUGACGAGGCGCUGGAUCCAUGAAGGCGAUGACCAGUUCGUGGAUGACGCCAUGGCCGACAUUCGCAUGUCACUGGAUGAGCUGAACCAAGCGCUG